GGUGGCAUCCACUCAGAGACGAGCCCCACAUCCGAGAACCAGCGCUGCCGUGAGAGCUGCGUGCUUCAAAAACAAAAACAAGGUUUCACUUAAGAAGUCCACAUGGUUCAUCUUGGAAGACUCCAGGAGAUUUUCUUUUUGUUUUGAGUUGUUGUUGGACUUUUUAAAAGUGCAAGUGGAUGGGAGUUAGGAAGGAUGCUUUUCCUUUUGAUGUGGUUGCGCUCUUGCAGGUGUAGCAUGCACAGAUGAAGAGGAGAGCAUCUUUCAGACUGGAGUUACGCACUGCACAUUCCCAGCGGGCUGAAGGUUCCUCAGCUACAAGGAGCUGCACUGCCUCCUGAUUUUAUGCCUGGGAAUUCUGCUUUGCGGACUGGAGUGUGACUUUGCAAUGGCUUGAAUCUUUCUCGUUGGACAGGAGUUUUAAUCUCAGGAUAUCAGUCAGGUUUUGUCCCAGGUCCUUUUGGGAGUCUAAUGGAUCUACCUGAACUGGUUGACACUGCAGCCAAAAGGGACCUAGUUCCUCUAAAGCCCUUCUGGAAUGCCUGUAAGCAAUGAUAAGCUCUCAAGAGGAGGAUUCACUAAUGUUUUUGCAGUAUGUUGAAGACUGUGGACUAAAGGCAUAUAACAGAUUGGUCACACAGAGCAUCGACCACGUGUGGAAUGAGAAAAACAAGAUUAACUUUCAGGAGAAAAACGAAAAGAAGCGAAAGCAGGAAGAAGCCAUUAAAAGGGGGGAAGAGGUGGUCGUCGAGGGUAAGCAUCUGCGAAUGGGCUCAAUGAGCAUGCCAGCCCCUGCGGAACACGUGUCCCCACACCAGCACCAGCACCAGCCCCCCUGUAAUCCGGGCUUCGCCGUUCGCUCCCAGUCCCUGCACUCCGUGGGAGGAGUGGAAGAGGAGGGCAGCCCCACAUCCCGUAAGCAGCCCCCACCCAAGCCCCGGCGGGACCCCAGCACUAAACUCAGCAUCUCCUCUGAAGCUGUGGACUUCAGUCCCACCGGGUGUAAAGGCGAUGAUUCGGAGAGGUGUGACGGAACACAAGGCUGCAGUGAGGACUGCAGGAAAGUUCCGCCACCAAAACCUAAAAGGAAUCCCAACACACAACUGAGCACUUCUUUUGAUGAGUCUUACAUCCGCAAUCAUGGCUCAAAAAGUUCUCCCUCUAUCUUCUCAAGGGAUAGCCAAGUCCCUUCUCCUCCUCAGCCGCAGGGCCCACAGGACUCAGACUUUGAUGAACCCAUCUACAUUGAGAUGUCUGGGAACGUGGGCCAAGAACCGCCCCCUCGUGCUGACGAAGACGAGCCGGGUGAGGCUGUCUAUGAAGAGAUGAAGUACCCCACCCUUGACGAGUUUGACUCCCGUUGGGAUCUUUUGAGCUGUCGAUCGCAGUGUACCACACCCUGCCCACCUGAGCUUGACAUCCAUGCCCCCCUGAGCCGUUGUACCACCCCUCGAGGCACGCCCCUCCUUUGUGACAUCCCCGCCCCAUUCCCCAACUUGUUGGCCCACAGGCCGCCUUUACUGGUUUUCCCUCCUGCCCCUGCUCAGUGCUCGCCCAACUCAGACGAGUCCCCACUCACCCCUCUUGAUGUAACAAAGCUUCCUAUGUUAGAGAAUGGCUCUUAUGGCAAGUCACCAACUUCUCUGGAACCUUCCGGCUCUGCCUCUACAUCGCACCUAAGACGUGCCGAGAGGGAGCUAACAGCCACUCCUACAUUAACAGUAUCUGGGCGAUCGUCGGCGCCGCCGUUGCCCUGUGCCCUCUAUAAAAGUUCCUCCUCUUCACACGGUUAUCAGCGCAGCCACUCAGCCUGCCCCUCACCUGUCAGUAUGGGCCGCUGCCUGACGCCCCUCAGCCUCAUGCGCUCACCGCCUUUUGACGGGCCAUUUCCCACAGCAGGCCUUCCUCGCAGCGCCUCGGCCACACCUCACGGAAAGGCAUCCCCGCCACAGGAUUCAAGCUCAGGGGGGCGGCAUCACGGAUCUAUGCAGAACGUCUCAGUAGCACGCUCGCGGACGCCUACUAGCCCACUGGAUGAGCUCACCAACCUCUUCACCACUGGCAGGAACAUGCUGAAAAAGAAUACCAGUGGCAGAAAGAGCAAGGAGCCGGGAGAAAGUGAAACCAAAGGAAAGGGUCACAGUUCUGAGUCCAAACGGGAGCACAAGGAGAGGAGCCAUCACAGCAAAGAAUCCAAGCGAGAGAAAGACCGCAGCAGCAGCGGCAAGUCCUCGCAUCGACGGAACAGCAAAGACAAAGAGCAAAAUGGCUUCGAAGCCUUAUCUCGACAUGAUGGCAAGGACUGCAGCUACAGCAACGCUGAACCAUUACCCAGAAGGGACAGCAAGGACACUGCAUGUAACGGCCCAGAGCAGCCUCACCGACAAGAGAGCAAAGAUCGAGGCAGUAGCGCUGAGGUACUGCCUCAACGGGACAGCAAAGACAGGACCGAUCACCGCAGCAGUGCAGAACCCAUCACCAGACGGGGCAGUAAAGACAGAGGUUGUAUUGUUCCAGAACUCUUGUCCAGACAAGACAGUAAAGAACUGCUACGAAAUGGUCAUGACACCAGACGUGACAGUCGGGAGAAAGUUUGCUAUGGGAUAGACCUUCCUCACAGACAUGAAAAUAAGGAACAGGGCAGAACAGGCAUGGAAAGUCGACGGAAUAGUAAAGAUGGCGGCAAGCAUGGCACAGAAUCUGGUCAGGACAAGGAGAAGAGCUUAGAGAGCAGGCGGGGGAGCAAGGAAAGGAUCAGCAAUGGCAUUGAUGUCACGAGCAGGCGGGAAUGCAAAGAUAGGGGAGUACACACAACUGAGAAUUUACCCUGGUAUGAGGCGAAAGAUAGAAGCAACUAUAACAAAGAACCACCCAAAGCACAGGACAAGGACACAAGGUCUGGAUCUUCAGCCAUGGUGUCAUCCAAUCGAACCGGGCGAUCCUCCAUGAGUCCGAAUAUAAUGUCGGGGAACUCAAACUCUGACCUGAAGACAGUUUCAAAAGCAGGAUGGUCUUCUUCCACAGCAGUAGCACAAUCUCCAAUAGGCACACCUCAGAAACAGCCUUCAGAUGUCCAACAGAUGCCCCCUAUGCCAUGGUUGUAUGGUGACAGCACCAUGCUGGAGAUGAUUGAGAGGAAACAACUCCUCUGCCGGGAGAUCCGGUCUCGUCAACGGCUUCCUGACCGUGGCCCAUGCAAAAAAGAGAGCCUGCCUACCAUGCCCAGUUGGAAGAAAUCAAACGGGACGAAGAAGUACAGCCCACCUCCCUACCCAACUCAGACCACUGUCUUCUGGGACACGGCCAUUUGACUUGGUCUUGUGAGCACUUUAGGGUCAUGCUCUGCUCUUUAUUUUCAGGCAGGGUUGAAGCCAAUCGGAGUGUGCUCCCACCUGACAAUGGGUGGGUAGGGUUUAUAUAGCAAUAUUUCAGAGGUUGUAGUUUAUGAGGUUUUCGUAUCAUUGUUAAUAUCUAAUAUUUUUAUACUCCAUGUAAUUCCUUAAUGACCUAGCAUCAAUAGAUAUUUUCUAAAUGAAAUUGAAUAUCUUUGCAAAGAUUAUGUAUAGUUAGUCCAAUGCAAUUGUUGUUUUACUACCUUUAAUUUAUUUCCAUUUGAAUUCAUUAAUUUAUUUUUUAACAUCGCAAUACAUUGAGGAAAAGUCAGUACCUUUUCAUCAAUAGCUUUCUAUUUCAUGACCCCCGGAAAGGACCUUCCUGUGGUAUUUUAACCACACCGAAUGAACUCUAUUUUAACACUGGAUGUUAUGGAGAUUGGAUUAGGGCUAGUUUACUUCUUGCUGCCUUUCCACACAUUAUUGUUAUUUAUUUUGUUUAUUUAUUUGAAUGUCUAAUAUUAAGAAACAAACAGAUCAUGCAUUUUUCAAAGUCCUUUGAGAAGGAUUUCAUAGUUUUAAAACUCUGUUCUGCCUUUAGUUUCUAUAGUGGUAGGUUUCAGAGAGUAUGGUUUACUCUGAUUAAAGGUCAGGUCAUUGCACAUAGAAAAAGGGUAACAGUUAUUUUCUGUGUUAAACAGAAAAUGUCUCUUUUAAGGGUUGUUGUAACUGCUUUGUGUGUAAAUGGUGUGUGAAGAGCUGUAAAAACAAAGGGUGACCCUCUCCUCUUUGGGUCUGUGGCAAUAGCUGGCGGGUGCCAGUGAGAAUCCUCCAAAGGAGGGUCACCCAGAAAUUAAUGACAAUCUGGAAUAUCAAAGUUGUAUUUUUUGCAUUUCAGCAUUAUUGAAGAAUUGUGUACAUGGAUAAUUGUAAAAUGAUUGCGCAAUGGUCUUGUAUAGAAUGACUAUGCCAUUAUUUAUCAUAUGUUAAUGGAGUAGAUUGAUUGGAAAUUUCAGACUGGCACAAUAUUUGUAUUAGCAACACAAACCUGCAAUCACUGAUAGCUCUCAGCUAUUGUAUGUAAUACACAUGGCCAAAUGGUCUGGCAACAGGAAUUAUGGCUGCAUAAACAAAGAGGCUGUACACAAGAGAGCUGCAAUUCUUUUACCUGGAUACACACAGUUCUCCCUCUACCUCAACCUCUCAGAUCAGUUGAAGUGGUCAUUCAUUUGCACAAACAAUGCAACUAACAAAUGCAACAUUGCAUUGCCAAAGUACUUGGAUCUUGAAGUAAAAUGCCCUCUCAAUCCCCUUCUCUCAUUCCCCCCUUUGACCUCCAUGUUAGAAACUGAUGCCUGUACAAAAUGUGUUGCCUUGGAGACCGGUACUCACUGUAACUGGGUCACAUUGGGUGAGA